AUGUAUACUGUAGCUACGGCGCGCAAUAAUGACUUCAAGUUUGCCCGCUGGCAGCAAACCAACCAUCACUGGCCAUACCACGUGACACACAAACCUCAGUCUGAAGGAGAAACGCAGGCCACCGCUCCAUCCACGGACAAACCUCCAAGCUGGUCGGAUGUCAUCAAGCCCACAACCGUGAAGCCGACGGCGGCUCCGACCACCCAGAAGCCACCUCACUGGUUGGUUGCCGUCAAGCCUACCACUCCAAAGCCGACGACGCAGAAACCUCCACCUCAAACGCAGCAACCUCCACCUCAAAUGCAGCAACCUCCACCACAAACGCAACAACCUCCACCACAAACGCAACAACCUCCACCUCAAACGCAGCAACCUCCACCUCAAACUCAGCAGCCUCCACCUCAAACACAGCAACCUCCACCUCAAACGCAUCAGCCUCCACCUCAAACGCAGCGUCCUCCCAGCCAGUGGGUCUUUGGCGUUAAGCAACCAACUACGCAGAAACCUGUGAAGCCUCAUCGGCCGCCGACAGCGAGUAAACCUAAGCUGAAAGAGCCAGACAGUCCGAUCGGGUACAGUGUAUCCUGUGGCGUCAACCAGUACUACGAGAGUCGUAUUGUUGGCGGGGCGAGUGCAGAACCAGGACAGUUUCCAUGGCAGGUGUCCGUUCAGCUGGUUACUGGCUGGACUGCGAGGCAUGUUUGUGGAGGAGCUGUGUUAGCAGAAUACUGGGUCAUUACAGCAGCACACUGUGUUCACAAGUUAGGCACUAAGACCCUGUCAGUGGUUGCAGGAGAUCAUAAUUUAUAUGAAGAAGAGGGUUUCGAGCAACGAGUAUAUGUCACCAGAAUUGUCACUCAUGACUAUGUUGCACAAAAUUUCUCCCAUGAUAUUGCUUUGUUGCAAUUAAGUAAACCAUUGAAACUGGAUGGAGAUCAUGUGGCCCCAAUCUGCUUGCCACAGCCAACUAAAAAGUACCGAGAAGGAAAUGGAACUGUGACUGGUUGGGGACGUCUAACAGAAGAUGGUACCCUGCCACAUGUUUUACAUCAUGUUUCCCUUCCAUUUAUAUCGACUGAUCUUUGUAAAAAGUGGUAUGUUGAGGCUGGAUAUGGUCAGUAUGUGAAUCCAUGCCAAGUAUGCAGCGGCUAUGGGGCAGGUGGGGCAGAUUCAUGUCAGGGUGACUCAGGUGGACCUAUGGCCUGCUUGCAUUCUGACAGUCGGUAUUAUCUGUGUGGAGUUGUUAGUUGGGGUGUGGGUUGUGCUAGAAGGCACCUUCCUGGAGUCUACACAGAAGUACCUUGUUUUUCAGAAUGGAUUAAGUCUGUUUUGUACAAUGAAACAGUCAGUAGUACUAAAAUUUAG